AUGGUCCUCCACAACCCCAACAACUGGCACUGGGUGAACAAGGACGUCUCUGCUUGGGCGAGAGAAUGGUUCGAGGACAACUUGACCAAGAUUGCAGCUGAGGACGGCGAGACCAAGGCAAGGAUUAGCAAGAUCGUUAGCUCAGAUGGUGAUGUCGACGUCUCGCAGCGCAAAGGCAAGGUGAUCACCAUCUUUGACGUCAAGCUGGUGCUAGAGUAUUCGGGCUCUACCGCCGAUGCCGAGGAUGUCUCGGGAACGAUUACUGUACCAGAAGUGGCACACGAUACAGAAGAGGACGAGUUCGUGUUUGAAAUCGACAUCUACUCCGAGUCGAAAGAGAAGCAGCCGGUCAAGGACCUCGUUCGCGCCAAGCUCGUCCCCCAGCUGCGGAAGGAAUUCCUGAAGCUGGCCCCAGCCCUGAUAGCAGAGCACGGCAAGGACAUCCAGCACGCGCCUGGCUCCAACCCCUCCAGUGGCUUCUCGACGCCCAAGAUUCACCCACAGAAGUCAUCUGUCCCUACAUCCUCCACAACUACUAGCAAGAAGUCUGACAGCGGCGCCGUCGUCAACACUACAACAGUCACGGACUCGGAAGAGUUCCGGACAACUGCAGAGGAGCUGUACAAGACUUUCACCGACCCGCAGCGGAUCGCGGCCUUCACACGGGCCCCGCCAAAGGUGUUUGAAGGCGCUCAGGAGGGGGGCAAGUUUGAGAUCUUUGGUGGAAACGUGACGGGCGAGUACCUAGAGCUGGCAGAGAACAAGAAGAUUGUGCAGAGCUGGAGACUGCAACAAUGGCCAGCCGGACACCACAGCACGUUGGAGAUCGAGUUUGACCAGAACGAUGUCGACAGCGUGACCGUCAUGCGGGUCAACUGGACGGGCGUACCCGUAGGUCAGGAGGAGGUUACCAAGGAGAACUGGCAGAACUACUACGUGCACAGCAUCAAGCGGACUUUUGGUUUCGGCACGGUUCUUUGA